UGCUUUUGCUCCUAUCUCCAGCUCCAGCUUCACUUUCUGCUUGCGCUCAAUUCCUGUUCUACUGGCCAUGACAGUGUCCUUGCUAACUGAUCUCUCCUAUGUCUCCUUGACCACCUCUUCCUUGGACCGAUACGAGAAAACCAUACAAUUCUACAGGUCAAUUGGCUACCAGAUUGCUAGAAACUUCACAAAGGAUCCUGCCAAUUCCUCUCUCACUAACGACAGCAUCCACUCCAACAAAAUUGGAAUUUCCAACGACUCAUUCAAGGAAUCCUGGCUAGAAUGUUUUUCCAGCUCAACCAAUUCUUCUGGUUCUGCCAUAAAGAUUAGGUUGUCUGCCACUAGCGCUAAUCUAAAAGUCUCUACAAACCAAAUCUCAAUCACUGAUUCUUCUGGCUCAAAUGCCGUAAUUGAUGCUCCCAAGUCAAUUUUUUUGAAUAUCAAUGAUGUCUCGUUAGAAAAAAUUAAAAAAACUUUAAUUGACCAAAAGUCACCCAUCGAUACCAACUUCAAUGAUUAUGAGAAAACCUUAUCAAUAUUUAAAAACUUAUCUUUCAAAACAACUGAUCCUUUGAAUAACUCUGUUUUUUUUUCUUUGGUAAACUUUAAUGAUAACAACCACAAUAACAUUUACAAUGAUUCAAAGGCAUUCUCGUCUUCUUUCAAAUCUCAUUCUUCUCUCACGUUGACCACACAUCUAGCCUUUUCAAGGAAAAAGAAAAAAAUUGCUAUAAUGACUUCAGGUGGUGAUUCUCAAGGUAUGAAUGCUGUUGUUAGAUCCGUUGUUAGAACCGGUAUAUUUUAUAAUUGUGAUGUCUAUGCAAUUUAUGAAGGUUACGAAGGUCUAGUCAAUGGUAAUAACUCAAUUAAGAAAAUGUCCUGGAAUGACGUCAGAGGCUUCAUUUCCUUUGGUGGUACUUUAAUUGGCACUGCAAGAUCAAAUGCUUUUAGAACCCCAGAAGGCAGAUUAAAGGCUUGUUACAACAUGAUAAUCAAUGGUAUUGAUGCCUUAAUCGUUUGUGGUGGUGAUGGUUCUUUAACAGGUGCCGAUUUGUUUAGACAUGAAUGGCCUUCUUUAUGUGAUAAAUUAAUUAAACAAAAAAGAUUAUCAAUUGAUCAAGUUAAUCCCUUUAGAAAUUUGACUAUUGUUGGUUUAGUAGGCUCAAUUGAUAACGACAUGUCAAGUACUGAUUCCACUAUUGGUGCUUACUCUUCUUUGGAAAGAAUUUGUGAAAUGGUUGAUUAUAUUGAUGCUACUGCUACCUCUCACUCAAGAGCCUUUGUUGUUGAAGUAAUGGGUAGGCAUUGUGGUUGGUUAGCCUUAAUGGCUGGUAUUGCUACCGGUGCUGAUUUUAUUUUUAUUCCUGAAAGACCGCCAAAUUCAAAGACUUGGAAAGAUGAUUUAAAAGAGAUUUGCUUAAGACAUAGACAAAAGGGAAGAAGAAAAACGACUGUUAUUGUUGCUGAAGGUGCAAUUGAUAAUCAACUAAAUCCAAUUAGCGCUGACGAGGUUAAAGAUGCCUUGGUUGAAUUAGGCUUGGAUACUCGUAUUACAACUUUAGGUCAUGUUCAAAGAGGUGGCUCUCCCGUCGCAUUCGAUAGAAUGCUAGCCACCUUCCAAGGUGUUGAAGCUGUAAAGGCUGUUUUAGAUUCAACACCAAGUACUCCAUCUCCAAUGAUUGGUAUCUUGGAAAAUCAAAUAAUUAGAAAACCCUUAGUAGAGAGUGUUAGGUUAACCAAAUCAGUUGCAACAGCUAUUGAAAAUAAAGAAUUCGAUAAAGCAAUGUCGUUAAGAGAUACAGAAUUUGGUGAAUCUUAUAAUAGUUUCUUAGCUACUUCAAUUCAUGAUGACGGUUCUACUUUAUUACCUGAAAAUAAAAGACUAAACUUUGCCGUAAUCCAUGUUGGUGCUCCAACUGCUGGUAUCAAUCCUGCAACAAGAGCUAUCACAUUAUUUUCAUUAUCGAGGGGUCAUAAAGUUUUUGCCAUUCAAAAUGGAUUCAAAGGUCUAAUUAGACAUGGCUCAAUUCGCGAAUUGAAUUGGUUGGAUGUUGAUGAAUGGCAUAACCUUGGUGGUUCAGUCAUUGGAACAAAUCGUUCACUACCAAGCGAAGAUUUUGGUACCGUAGCUUAUUAUCUACAAAAAUAUAAAAUCGAUGGUUUUAUAAUUAUCGGCGGUUUUGAAGCCUUUGAAUCUUUACACUUGCUUUAUAAUUCAAGAAACCAAUAUCCAAUUUUCAAUAUCCCAAUGCUUGUUAUUCCUUCAACUAUUUCAAAUAACGUUCCGGGCAGUGAAUACUCUUUAGGUAAUGAUACUUGUCUUAAUUCGUUAAUCACUUAUUGUGAUGCAAUCAAACAAUCAGCUUCAGCUUCCAGAAGACGUGUUUUUGUUGUUGAAGUUCAAGGUGGAUAUUGUGGUUAUGUGGCAAGCUAUGCUGGACUAGUCACUGGUGCAUUGGCUGUAUAUUUGCCAGAAAAGGAUGUAAAUUUAAGGUCUAUCCAAGAAGAUAUUGAUUUAUUAAAGGCUAACUAUAAAAGAGAUAGAGGUGAGAAUAGGGCCGGUAAAAUAUUAAUUAGAAAUGAAAAAUGUUCUAAAAUUUUCACAACUGAUUUGAUUACCGAUAUCAUUAUGGAGUCUGCUCAUGGUUCAUUUGAAUCUAGAUGUGCUAUUCCUGGACAUGUUCAACAAGGUAAAACUCCAAGUUCAAUGGACAGAGUUUAUGCGACAAGAUUUGCUGUUCGUGCCGUCAAAUAUAUUGAAGCGUGGAAUGAGAAGAUUAAUAAAACCGAGGGCUUCUUGGGUGAUGAUACUGACCCCAACUUACGAUUCCAGUAUGUUCAUGGCGUCAAGAAACCUAUUAUCGACGACUUGGAUGAAAGUGCAUCUGUUAUUGGAACAAAAGGUUCAGAAUUAAAAUUCACUCCCAUCUCUGAAAUUUUACCUGAAGUUGAUUUUGAAAGAAGAACUCACAAAAAUGUUUGGUGGGAAAAAUUCAAUGAAAUUGGCGAUACUCUUAGUGGAAGAGCAAUGCUAAGGAGAGAGGAAGAUGACGACGACGAUGAUGUUGAAGAUUAUUAAAUCAUGAACCC